GUCAAUUCCACAGGCAGUCAACCAACACAAGGACAAUUACCUACAUAACUGGCUGCAUGUGUUCGACGAACUGCUCGUAACUUGUAUUUUAAGGAGAUUCAAGCAAUUAUUUUACAUAAUUUCUCCAGUCGAGGUUGAACUAUAUUUCACCGCUGCCAAAAUGUCGGAUUUAGAGAGACUGAAGAUGACGGGCGCUGGGAAAGCUAUCGCCUUGUUGACGAGUGGCGGAGAUGCACAAGGGAUGAAUGCAGCCGUCCGCGCUGUGACCCGCAUGGGGAUAUUUGUUGGAGCCAAGAUGUAUCUCAUAUACGAGGGCUACCAGGGUCUGGUGGAUGGAGGGGACAACAUCAAGCUGGCCCACUGGCAGAGUGUCACCAACAUCAUACAGCAGGGUGGCACGGUGAUCGGCAGUGCUCGCUGUAAGGCCUUUACCACGCGGGACGGUCGCCUGGCAGCAGCCUUUAACCUGGUGAAGAGAGGCAUCACCAACCUCUGUGUGUGUGGAGGAGACGGCAGCCUCACCGGAGCCAACAUCUUCAGGACUGAGUGGAGUGGACUGCUGGCUGAACUGGUACAGAAAGGUCGGAUCACAGACACCCUAGCGAAACAGCAUAAUCACCUGAACAUCGUAGGGUUGGUUGGAUCUAUAGACAACGACUUCUGUGGGACAGACAUGACCAUAGGAGCUGACUCCGCCCUGCAUCGCAUCAUGGAGAUAGUGGAUGCCAUCACCACCACAGCACAGAGCCACCAGCGUACAUUUGUCCUGGAAGUCAUGGGGCGCCACUGUGGGUAUCUAGCGUUGGUGUCAGCGCUGGCUUCCGGAGCAGACUGGCUCUUCAUCCCAGAGGCUCCACCAUUAGAGGGCUGGGAGGACCACAUGUGUGCCCGUCUGGAGCAUAGUCGCAGUAAGGGCUCCAGGCUGAACAUUGUGAUCAUCGCUGAAGGGGCCAUCAACAGAGCUGGUGAACCCAUAUCUUCAAGCUACGUCAAGGAUCUGGUGGUGAAGAGGCUGGGUUAUGACACCCGGGUCACUGUCCUAGGUCAUGUACAGAGAGGGGGGACACCCUCGGCCUUCGACAGGGUGCUGAGCAGUAAGAUCGGAGUGGAGGCAGUAGUCGCUCUGUUAGAGGCCACUCCAGAGACCCCAGCCUGUGUCAUCGGCCUGUCAGGAAACCAGGCUAUCCGCCUGCCUCUUAUGGAGGGUGUACAGAUGACUAAAGAGGUUCAGAAGGCCAUGAAUGAAAAGAGGUUUGAUGAAGCCAUCCAACUCAGAGGAAGGAGCUUUGAGAACAACUGGAACAUGUACAGACUGCUUGCCUUUCAGAAGCCUGCCGUUACCAAGAGCGACCACACGCUAGCGGUGCUGAAUGUGGGCGCUCCAGCAGCUGGGAUGAAUGCAGCGGUCCGGUCGGCUGUCAGAGUUGCGCUGGCCUACGGUCACAAGGUCUACUCUGUCAACGACGGCUUCGAGGGGCUGGCCAAUGGAGCGGUGACAGAGAUGGAGUGGCACAGUGUGGCUGGAUGGACUGGCCAGGGUGGAUCUCUUCUGGGGACUAAAAGAACCCUCCCCAGUACUUGCAUGGAGAAGAUAGUGGACACCAUCAACAAGUUUAAAAUCCAGGCUUUGCUGGUCGUUGGGGGAUUUGAGGCAUACGAGGGCGUGCUGCAGCUGUAUGAUGCUCGUGGUGGAUUUGAUGAGUUGUGUAUCCCCAUGGUGGUGAUCCCUGCCACCAUCAGUAACAACGUGCCCGGGACAGACUUCAGUCUGGGGUCAGACACGGCUGUCAAUGCUGCCAUGGAGAGUUGCGAUAAGAUUAAGCAGUCAGCUACGGGGACCAAGAGGAGGGUGUUCGUAGUGGAGACUAUGGGGGGGUACUGUGGUUACCUGGCAACCACCACCGGUAUCGCUGUGGGAGCGGACGCUGCUUACAUCUUCGAGGACCCCUUCAACCUCCAGGACCUAAAGACUAACGUGGAGCAUCUCACAGAGAAGAUGAAGGAAGACAUCCAGAGGGGUCUCGUGCUGAGGAAUGAGAAGUGUCACCUUCACUACACCACUGAUUUCAUCCACAAGCUGUACUCGGCCGAGGGGAAGGGCAUCUUCGACUGUAGGGUCAACGUGCUGGGGCACCUCCAGCAGGGAGGCGCACCAACACCCUUCGACAGAAACUUUGGCACCAAGCUGGGUGUGAAGGCUGUGCAGUGGCUCACAGAGAAGAUGAUCAACAACUUCAGACAAGGUCGUGUGUUUGCCAACGCCCCGGACACAGCGUCUGUCAUCGGCUUCAGUAAGAAGCUCCUAACCUUCAUCCCUGUCACUGACCUUAAGACACAGACUGACUUUGAGCACCGGAUGCCCAAGGUCCAGUGGUGGCAGAACCUGCAUCAGAUUCUGAAGAUGUUGGCCAAGCACCAGACCAGCUUCAGCGAGUACGUCCCUGGAGAGAUAGAACAUGUGACCCGACGCUCUCUCAGCAUCGACACCGGCUUCUAGAACACACACUAACCCUGGACCACAGACACCAGCUUCUAGAACACACACUAACCCUGGACUGCAGACACCAGCUUCU